AUGGGAUAUGUAGUUUCAGGGACACAAAGAACUUAACCGUCGUGUUGACUUUGGCGAUGGUGGAGCGCAAUAAUAAUACAACGAACAGUAGUACAUAGCAGACUGAUUAUUACUCUUCGUGGAUAUAUGCUGCAGUGUUGCUGUGAACAGUUUAAACACUUCUGACAUACGUUGUGUUUGGCUUCCCAUACAGAGGAGGGCAGCAGAACACUGAUGUUACCCCGGGGAAAUAUCAAACACGAGGAGCACGAAGAGAAAGAACCAUCGCCGCGCGCAUUCGCGAACGCGCAACGACACUAAAUCCGCUAGAUUACUAAAACCGUCCCAAACCAAGGGAAUAUGACUGUUUUUACCGGUUUAUUAAAUGUUACAACACUGACUAAUUAUUCCAGUUUUACCACCAAGGAAACUAAUGAAUUAUUCUGUGGAAUAUAACUAUUUGGAAGGACGCCUUACUCAUUUUGUCUUUUGGUUCAGGAGAGAGCCCCACAGGGUUGUCUGACCAGUGGGUCGUCAGGAGUUGGAACAACGACCAGUUUCGCGUACUACUUCGCGUCAAGAUACGGUCUUUUUAGGAAGAUUUCAGAUGCUGUGACAUGUCUAGGUUAACCUGUAAUUAUUAUUUUAAGGGUUAACAAUGACCCUUACCCACGAUAUGCGAAAGAGCUGUUCUCUAGAAUGGCCAAAACAGUGUCAAAGGCUAAGCUAGGUUUUGGUCCUCACUCUUUUGAAAGCUAACGUUACACCCUGUGUUGACCAGAAGGAUAUUUGCAACUAAUGGGACACAUAAGACUUGUGCUAAAGUAAACAAUUAUUCAAAAAACGACACUACUUUGGCGUUAUAAAGUGAAUUCCCUUUGUGAACUUUGUAAUUGAAUGUCCCAAGAUUCAGCAUGUCAUUUUUUAAUCUCCGUAAAAUAUUUAAAUUGGGAGCUGAGAAGAAGAAGAAGCAGUAUGAACAUGUGCGCAGAGAUGAAAACCCAGAGGAAAUAUGGGAAAUAAUUGGCGAACUGGGAGAUGGAGCCUUUGGAAAAGUGUUCAAGGCUCAGAACAAACAGACAGGUGUCCUUGCUGCAGCCAAAGUUAUUGACACUAAGACUGAAGAGGAGUUGGAGGACUACAUGGUGGAGAUUGACAUCCUGGCCUCGUGUGACCACCAAAACAUUGUCAAACUGCUUGAUGCUUUUUAUUAUGAGAGCAAACUCUGGAUCCUCAUCGAGUUCUGUGCAGGAGGGGCUGUGGAUGCUGUCAUGCUUGAACUGGAGCGAGCGCUGACCGAGCCUCAGAUCAGGGUGGUGUGUAAGCAGACGCUGCAGGCCCUCGUCUACCUCCAUGACAACAAAAUCAUUCACAGAGACCUGAAGGCUGGCAACAUCCUCCUCACUCUGGAUGGUGAUGUCAAACUGGCCGACUUUGGUGUGUCUGCCAAAAACACGAAAACACUGCAGAGGAGGGACUCUUUCAUUGGAACGCCUUACUGGAUGGCUCCUGAGGUGGUGAUGUGUGAGACCUCCAAGGACCGUCCAUACGACUAUAAGGCCGAUAUCUGGUCACUCGGGGUAACGUUGAUUGAGCUGGCACAGAUUGAGCCACCCAAUCGUGAUCCUCCUACCCUGCUGCAGCCAUCACGCUGGUCCACAGAAUUCAGUGAUUUCUUAAAGCGGUGUCUGGACAAGAAUGUGGACAACCGAUGGAAUGCAACACAGCUUCUACAGCAUUCAUUUGUGUCCAGUGUGAUGGACAGCAAACCACUGAGGGAGCUUAUAGCUGAGGCCAAGGCUGAGGUCACAGAGGAGAUUGAAGAGCACAAGGAGGAAGAAGAGGAGGAAGAGACAGAGGCACAUCUGGGCCAUAAACGUGCCCCAUCUGAUGCCAGCGUUGCCAGCUCAGAGGAUGAGAAGAUCCCACUCUCUCCCUCCAUCUUGGAAUCAGUCCCUGAGAAGGCUGAGACAAUUCUGCCAGUGUCCACCCCCACUGAGCUCCCCUGCAACCAUGUGGUGGACGGCAGCUUUGUGGAGGAGCCUGCUGCUCCUGCAGCAGAAAAGCGUACUGAGCAGGUUUCAGACAGUCCAGCUGGGGAUGAAGAGGCAGAACGGAAACCUGUGGAAGAAAGCCUUCCAGAAACAAGAGUAGAUGUUGCCUCACCAGAACUAUGGACUGAACCAGAGGCACCUGUUAAGGAGAUGCCGCAGCAGGAGAUAGCUGUUGAGGAUGAAAAGGAAGUGGACACAGUUGAGCUUCUCACCAAACAAGAGACUAUCGCAGAGAGCUCAGAGGUCAGUGAGGCUCCUCAGGAGGAAGAGAUGGCCAUUGUGGAGCAAUCAAACACACCAGCAGAGGAGCAAGAGGAGGUGGACCAGUACAAACAUCUAAAGGUCACAGUGACAUUACCAGAACAAGACAAAGUUGCCUCAGGAGAGGAGAAUGGAGAUAAGCCUACUGAAAAGGAUACAGUACACACAGAUGACGAGAAGAAAAUUCCAAACGAAGCAAAGAAUGACAAAGAGAGAGACUCUGACUCUGGGAGUGGCUCAGCUCCUGAUAGCAGCAGCGUAGAACUUAAUCUGUCCAUCUCCAGUUUUCUGUCCAAAACAAAAGAACCUGGAUCUGUGUCCAUACAGGACACCAAGCGCCAGAAGAAGACACUAAAGAAGACCCGCAAAUUCAUAGUGGAUGGAGUGGAAGUUAGCGUGACUACAUCAAAGAUAGUCACUGACAAUGACACAAAGAAUGAGGAAAUGAGAUUCCUGAGGCGUCAAGAGCUGAGGGAGCUGCGUCUCCUGCAGAAGGAGGAACACAGGGCCCAGCAGCAGCUCAGCAACAAGCUCCAGCAGCAAAAAGAACACAUCUACCGCCGCUUUGAACAGGAGACCAUGGGUAAGAAGCGUCAGUAUGACCAGGAGGUGGAGAACCUGGAGCGGCAGCAGAAGCAGACCAUUGAGAGACUGGAGCAGGAGCACACCAGCCGGCUCAGGGACGAGGCCAAACGCAUUAAAGCCGAACAGGACAAAGAGCUGUCCAAGUACCAGAACAUGCUGAAAAACCACAAGAAAGAGGAACAAGAGUUUCUUCAGAAGCAGCAGCAGGAUCUGGACAGCGCUCUGAAGAAGAUCAUCCAGCAACACAAACAUGAGCUUGCCACGAUUGAGAGAGACUGCCUCAACCACAAGCAGCAGCUUUUGAGAGCACGGGAGGCUGCAAUGUGGGAGCUGGAAGAGCGCCAGCUGCAGGAGAAGCACCAGCUAUUCAAGCAGCAGCUCAAAGAUCAGUACUUCAUGCAGAGACACCAGCUGCUCAAGAGACAUGAGAAGGAGAUGGAACAGAUGCAGCGCUACAACCAGCGUCUAAUCGAGGAGUUGAAGAACAGACAGACACAGGAGAAAGGCAGACUGCCGAAGAUUCAGCGCAGUGAAGCUAAGACCCGCAUGGCCAUGUUCAAGAAGAGCCUUCGCAUCACAGGAGCUGCCAUCACUCCCGAGCAGGAGAGGGAGAAGGUCAAACAGUUUGCAGCUCAGGAAGAGAAGAGACAGAAGAGUGAAAGGCUCCACCAGCACCAGAAACAUGAAAACCAGAUGAGAGACCUGCAGCUGCAGUGUGACGCCAACAUCCGAGAACUUCAGCAGCUGCAGAAUGAGAAGUGUCACUUGCUGAUUGAACAUGAGACCCAGAAGCUAAAGGAGCUGGAUGAAGAGCACAGCCUGGAGCUGAAGGAAUGGAGGGAGAAACUACGACCUAGAAAGAAGGCCCUGGAGGAAGAGUUUGCCAGGAAGCUGCAGGAACAGGAAGUGUUCUUCAAGAUGAGUGGAGAGUCAGAGUGCCUUAAUCCCUCCACCCAGAGCCGCAUCUCCAAGUUCUACCCGAUCCCCAGUGUCCACUCCACUGGUUUCUAGGAGAAACCUACAGUUGAAGUCAGAAGUUUACAUACACCUUAGCCAAAUACAUUUAAACUCAGUUUUUCACAGCUCCUGACAUUUAAUCCUAUAAACAUUGCCUGAUAGUUAGAAUCACUACUUUAUUUUAAGAAUGCGAAAUGUCAGCAUAACAGUAGAAGAAAAGAUUUAUCUCAGCUUUUAUUUCUUUCAUCACAUUCCCAGUGGAGGUUUACAUACACUCGGUUAGUAUUUUGUAGCAUUGUCUUUAUAUUGGUUAACUUGGGUCAAACAUGUCAGGAUGCCUUCCACAAGCUUCUAACAAUAAGUUGCUGGAAGUUUAGUCCGUUCGUCCAGACAGAACUGGUGGAACUGAGUCAGGUUUGUAGGCCUCCUUGCUUACACACUUUUUCAGUUCUGCCCACA